CACAUGAGGAGGUGUGUCGGGGGGAAGGAGGAAGGAGUGGUGAGUGUGGCAGGGAGAGGAGGGGGCCAGAAAGCCUGCUGUCUGUUUGCACACACGAAGAAAAACUGUCAUAGCAAGAGCACGGAGGAAACUCGAGUAGCUUAAUUUGUAAAUUAUCGAUCUCACCACGCUGAAGAUCCCACACCUAAACUCAUUUAGUUAUUUAUGCUAAACCAAUGCGGUCAGAGAUGGCCAUCAUCUGGGCGGUGGUGGUCGCUGUGUGUUGUGUUCUCCACCAGAGCAAGGCCGAGACGUUGCAAUGCACUGUCAGCCAAAAUGGCGACAUGACGACGUUUACCAUCCUUGAUGGGUCUCGUGGGUCUGAUGUAAAUCUCACUGCCUGCGAUUUUGAAUGGAUUAAUGGAAGUAACAUCCUAAUUGCUGACAACUCCAAUCAUGUUCCACCAGUGAUGGAGUGGAGCGUCAACUCCCUGACCACCUCACUAUGUGUUGAGGGCAUUAUUAGCAAACAGUACUGUCCUUCAACGGUGACUGAAUUUUGGAUUGAAUACAUAACUAACUGCACAGUGACCUGCAAGGACUUGAAGGACCAUGGAGAACAACAGAAGGACCAAGAGGAAGAAGGUCAAAGCAAGCAUAUAGUGAAACUGACUACUGCUAACCCAUGUGGGUGGUCAAUGUUCUGGAUUGUAGCUGGAGUUGCAGCUGUUGCUGUUGUUGUGCUGGCAGGACUCUAUCUGUGCUACAAGUUCAGGGACUACAUUUGGAAGACAAGAGGCUGCAGCCAGUGUGAAGGCCGUUACACAAACGUGAAAUUGCAGAGCAUCCAGCCAAAGCUACUUGACGUCUAGAAGGGCAAUGGGCACAAAACAAAAAUAUUUUAAAAAAAUUUCCAUCUGCUAUAUUAAUCAUGCAUUUUGUUUAUAACUUCUAAAUUGUGUUUGUGGCUGUAGAAGGGAUUAAUAUUACAUAGCAUCACCGUCCCAAAAUAAUGACCUAAGUCAUUUAUUUUUUUUACCGAAAAUGAUAUAUUGUCUAAAUCAACUUAAUAACUCAUUGCUGUAUUUUUUUGUGUGUUUUCUGAAAAACAAGAAAAAAUUGAUAAGCCAUUAUUUUAAGAAGGUGACGAUAUAUUUUAACGAUACCCUUGUAGUGGCAUCUUUUGGUGUGUUCAUAUGUGGUCUGCAUUCAGGAAAUCAAAUUCUUCCUGUGUAGCUGGGCCCCAUUUGGCAUUUUAAACUAACUUCUAAUCGUGCCUUUGUUCAUGUCCUAGUUGAUGAUGAAUCUCAGCCUUGAUGAUUUGUGUGGGUGUGCAGGAGAAACUUUGUUGAGGCUGUGGAAGCCUCUUUGCUGCACCAGAGCGUGCACUUUGAGACCCAUUAGCAGAGAACCCCCCUCUCCACAAAUACCCAUACACACCGCUGUGGAAGCUAGAAUAUUUAUAUUUAUAUACCUAACAAUUAUAUCUGGCAUAAUGUUAUGCCUAAUCAGAAUAUAUUAUAAAUAUAUUAUAAAUAAAUAUUGAUAUAUGUUAACAUAAAGAUAAUAAAAUAUGAGCAUUAAUAUGAAGUAUAUAGUAUAAACUAUUAUAAAUACAGGGGUUUGAUGUAUAAGCUUAAAUUGUACAGUAGCAUUUAGAUUUAGUUAUUUCUUUAUUGAUGUAUGUACUUUUAUUCUAACAUCAUUAGUAGCGCUUUUUGCCUUUUCUAAUCAUGCUUGUAUUUUCUCUGUAUCUGCGCCUGUACUUUAUAAACUAUAUACAAUAAAAAUUUGCUUGGGGGAAAAAA